GACGUGUCUCACCACGAUCCAAGGCGCGUCAAAAUGGCGAGCAACAUCAAACAUACUACGACGCCAACUUUACAACAAGCGCAGACCGAAGCCCUUCUCUCUGUCUUGAAUCUCAAUAACGCACCGGAAUCCUCAGGGAAAGCUGGCUCUGGCUUCAAGACCCCACCGCCAUCAGGCCCACCCGUUUGGAAAGUGCUGAUACUAGAUCAGCAAACGAAGGAUGUGCUAGCCACUAUAUUGCGCGUACAAGACCUACGCGAUGUUGGUGUUACCCUUCAUGUGCAGCUUCAUUCACCUCGACCUCCUCUUCCAGACGUUCCUGCUGUUUAUUUUGUGUCACCUACCUUGCAAAACGUCAAAAGAAUAGCGGAAGAUCUAGAGAAAUCUCUCUAUGAGUCCUUUCACUUGAACUUUGUCGAACCUUUGCCGCGAGCUCUUCUGGAGGAACUUGCUGCCUUGGUUGCGCGGGACGGAACGGGCGAUGCUGUCGAACAGGUUCUUGACCAAUACCUCUCCUUUAUUACCCCGUCACCUACGCUCUUCUCGCUACUCCCUCCACCUCAACCAUCACCACAAACUGGUACGACAAAUGCAGAAAUAUCAUCCUACACGAUUCUCAAUUCACCUACCUCAACGGAGCAACAAAUUGAGGCUGAAAUAGAGCGUAUCGCCAAUGGCCUUUUUAGCGUUGUUGCAACGGCCGGUCACGUGCCGUAUAUACGAUGUCCUCGAGGAAAUGCUGCAGAAAUGAUCGCUAAAAAGCUGGAAACCAAAAUACGUGAUGCCCUUCUAAUGGCUUCUCGUCAUUCCUCCAACUCCAACGCGCUUUUUGCCCAAGACUCAUCUGGACUUGCUGGUCUCCAACGCCCCUUGUUACUCAUAUUAGAUCGGAAUCUCGACCUCACAUCUCCCAUAUUACAUGGCUGGACUUAUCAAGCCCUGAUUUCUGAUUGCUUCCACAUGAACUUGAACCGAGUGGUGGUACCUGCGACAACAGGUUCCCCUCCACAACCUAAGCGUUCAUACGACCUUGACUCGAAAGACUUUUUCUGGGCGCGAAAUGCGGCUAAUCCAUUCCCCCAAGUGGCCGAGGAAAUCGAUGCUGAACUGACCAAGUAUAAGAGCGAUGCUGCUGAGAUAACCCGAAGUACGGGAGUCAGCGAUGUCAAUGACAUAGCGCAACUUGACUUGUCCGCCAACGCAGCCCAUCUGAAAGCUGCUAUCACUCAACUCCCUGAACUCACAGCCCGAAAAGCUACACUCGAUACGCAUAUGAAUAUCGCCACGGCAUUGUUGGAGCAGAUCAAGAAGCGUGGUUUGGAUGAAUUGUUCAGUUUCGAGGAGGCGAUUGGCAAGCAAUCUACUCAAACCGUUCUUGCGACGCUUCGAGGCGACUCACCAGCUUUAAGUCCUGAAGAUAAAUUGCGUUUUGUGCUAGUCUUUUUCCUGUCCAGAGGCUCGGACAACGCGCUUUCCAAGGAGGACAUAAACGAACUAGAGAAAGAGCUCAAAAAUGCGGGUGUCAGCGUCGGCCCCUUCGAGUAUGUUCGCAAGCUUCGCGAGGUUGAAAGAAUGGGCAUGGGAUCUUUCUCAGCUUCAACUGGCCCUGGCACGCCUAGUGGUAACGACAGCACAGGCACAGAAUUGUUCAAUCGUUUCCUUCAGGGCAAGUUUACUCAAACAAGUCUAGAAGGGCUGUUUUCGGGUGUGAAGAACUUCCUGCCCGCAAACAAGCUUCUCCCUGUGACCCGUAUAACUGAAGCGUUGAUGGAUUCUGCGAGUGCAUCGAAUGCAUCCUUGCAAGAAACGGAUGACUAUCUGUUCCUUGACCCUCGAUCCCCUAAAGCCUCUGCUUUUGGGCCUGGUGGUGCUGGAGGCCCAGGCAGUAGUGGGUCCGGGAAAAGUCGUCGUAUGGCUUUUGCUGAGAGUCUGGUCUUUGUUGUUGGUGGUGCAGGUUAUGUCGAGUAUGGGAAUUUGGAAGAGUGGGCUGGCAGAACUGGCAAGCGCGUAACAUAUGGGGGCACCGAUAUAUUGGACCCCGGUGGAUUUAUCCAAGUCUUGGAUCGCUUGAGUACUGGGACGGUGUAA